UGUAGUACUAGGUACUUCUGUAAUGAUACCAUUUUAAAGGUAGCCUAUUUGCGUCUAUUUCCCAAAUACAGAUUUCCAUCAUAUCAACACUGUAUAAUUACAUAACAUGGUUACAUAACAUUGAAUAUUGAUUACAUAAUUUUGAUCAUUACUAGACAAAAUUCUAUUACAAAUUAUGAUACAAAAAGAAAAACAUAGACAAUGACAAUAAUAAACAUUCAAUGAAAGACCAGUCAAGGAUAUAAUUUCAUGAAUUGAAAUGAUUAAACAUUAAAGUAAAAAAACAAAUGGAUUCUGAAAAUCGUGUCAUUCUAAAUGUUGGCGGUAUUCGUCAUGAAACUUAUAAAGCUACAUUGAAAAAGAUACCAGCAACACGUUUAUCUAAAUUAACUGAAGCAUUAGCUAAUUAUGAUCCUGUAUUAAAUGAAUAUUUUUAUGAUCGUCAUCCAGGUGUAUUUUCACAAAUAUUAAAUUAUUAUCGUACUGGUAAACUUCAUUAUCCUGUUGAUGUAUGUGGACCAUUAUUUGAAGAAGAAUUAGAAUUUUGGGGUUUAGAUGCUAAUCAGGUUGAACCAUGUUGUUGGAUGACUUAUACGGCACAUCGUGAUACUCAGGCUACUUUACAAAUUUUAGACAAAGUUGAUAUGGAUAAUGAUGAUUAUACACCAGAGACAUUAUAUAAACGUUUUGGUUUAGAAGAUGAAUAUACAUGUAAUGAAUUGAAUACUUGGCAGAAAUAUCGACCAAAAGUAUGGGCAUUAUUUGAAUUGCCACAUUCAUCAAUUGGAGCAAAAUUUAUUGCUCUAUUAUCAAUCACAUGUAUUAUUCUUUCAAUAUUGGCUUAUUGUAUGGAUACAUCACCAAUAUUUUCUACACCAUCCAUUCGUACAGAAUUAAUGAAUACAACAGAUGAUCAUCAUAUAGAUACUACUGCUACUACUACCAUUACUACUAAUACAUUAGGUAGUAGUAUAAGUAGUCUAUCAUCAAAUCAUCAUUAUAAUAAACCGAAAACAUCAACCCUAUUCAUGAAUAAUCAUAAACAAUUAAUCAAAUCAAAUUAUUCAUUAUAUCAUAAUUAUACAAUUCUGAUGAAUAAUAAACACUUGAAAAAGAAUAUCCUCUUUAUUUAUAUAGAAUGUUUGUGUAAUAUCUGGUUUACCAUUGAAUUAAUCAUACGAUUUACCGUAACAAUAAAUCAUAAAGAAUUUGUAAAAAAUUUAAUUAAUCUAAUUGAUAUUGCUGCAUUAUUUAGUUUUUAUAUACAAGUCAUAUUAUUACAUCAUCAUCAGCAUCAGCAUCAUCAUUAUCAUUAUGAGAAUAGUUACCAUGGCAACUAUAGUAACUAUGGGAACAGCGGGGGUGGUGGUGGUGAUAAUGAUGAUAAUGUAACAUUUAUAUCAAUUAUUGAAUUUUUUAGUAUAUUACGUGUUAUGCGUUUAUUUAAAUUAACACGUCAUAUAUCUGGUUUAAAAAUAUUAAUAUUAACAUUUAAAGCAAGUGCUAAAGAAUUUUCAUUAUUAAUAUUUUUUUUGGCUGUAUUUAUUGUAUUAUUUGCUGCAUUAAUAUAUUAUGCUGAACGUUUAAGUACUAAUCCACAUAAUGAUUUUACAUCUAUACCAAUUGGUUUAUGGUGGGCUAUUGUUACUAUGACAACAGUUGGUUAUGGUGAUAUGGUGCCUAGAUCAUAUGCUGGUAUGAUUGUUGGUGCAAUGUGUGCAGUAACUGGUGUAUUAACAAUUUCAUUACCAGUACCAGUAAUUGUAUCCAAUUUCUCAAUGUUUUAUUCACAUACAUUAGCUCGAUCAAAAUUACCAAAAAAACGUAGACGUAUAUUACCAGUAGAAGCAAUUCGUCCGAAACAUAAAUCAAAUCAAAUUGGAAGUAGUACAAUUCAUGGAUUAAUACAUCAUAGCAGUAGUAGUGGUGGUGGUGGUGGUGGCGGCGGCGGUUAUACAAAUGAUACAAUUAAUUUAAGUAAUUUAGCCAAAGGUAUUGUACCACAAAUUCCACAACCUAUUGCUAAAGCUAAAUAUUCAGAUAAUUUUACACAUAUUAAAGAAAAUUAUCAAAGUCGAAGAAAAUUUUCUAAUUCAAAUGAAUUCCCCAUAAAUGAACAAUAUAAAUGUGCUUAUGGUAUACAUACUAGACGUGCAGCAUUGAUAAAUGCAUCAAAUUCCUCUUUGGAACAAAUAGAUGAUGAUAAUGAUAAUGAUUGUGAAUCAAUUGGUAAAUCAUUAAGAUCAGAAUUACAAUUUACAGAGAGAUCACGAAAAAGUUCUACAGUUAACUCUAGUGGACAUCCUGUCAAUUCAAUGAAUCCAUCAAGACGAACUAUAGAUAAUCAUCAUCAUCGUAAAUCAAGUCAUUUAUCAUAUCAUACAGAAUAUCAAUCUAAUCAUAAUCCUACUUCAAUUCAACAAUAUGAAAUCCAACAUCACCAUCAACACCACCAUCAACAUCAUCGACAACAAUGUGAUUCCUUAAUAACUCAUAAUAGUAAAACAGAUUUAUAUAUUUCAUCGAUUACAUGUAAUUCUGAAUUAUUACCUCAAUCACCAUCUAUGUUUGAUGAACAAUUAAAUAUACAAAAUAAUGAUACUACUACUACUAAUACUACUACUUAUACUACUAAUAAUAAUAUAUCAGAUAUUAUAACAUAUAGUACACAUAAUUAUACAAAGAAUAUGAACUUGUUAUCAAGUCCAUGGAUUGGUACAUCAUCAUCCAUUGAUCAAACCAAUGAACAAGAUGAUACGACAAAUGAAAUAUGAAGAAACUUUCAAUGGAUGAACAAUAUGAAAAAAAGCCUUCCAAUUGAAUCAAUAAUCAUAAUAUAUACUUGUUACUGAUCUUAUUUACAUUAGUAAUCAGUUAUAUAAAAUCUUUAUAUGAUAUUCAUUGUAUAGGUCAAUCAGUAGGUUGAUAGGUGGGUGGGUCAAUGAGGGUACUUAUUUCACCUGUAACCAUGCAUAUUUUACAUAAAAAAAUAUUACAAUUCCAAGAAGAAAAAAGAGAGUUAUCAUUAAUGAAAAAUAAUCGAUUUUUGAUGGGAUAGUUCAUUUGUUGUCAUUUAAGUGGCUUAUAAUGUUCAAUAAGAUUCGCCUAUAUGAAGAGUAGUUAUUUAUUUACUUACUUAUUUACGC